AUGGUGAAGGGACUGAAAGCUCAUCGGAGUGAAGAGCAUCGGCCAGAGCCAAGCCUCACAGAUGCGCAGAAGCGGUUCAGUGCUCUUCACAACAAGUCCAACUAUAUGAAGGAAGCCAGUGCACGGAUCUUCUUCUUGGCCCUGGCAACAAUAGCCAAGUGCAAUCCCCUCGUUGCCUUGCUUGAGAAUGUGGUUGGUUUGCUACGUGUUUGGGACAAGGCAAGGCCACUUGGCACCCCAAAGAACAAAGUUAACCAAAUAUGUUCUUUUUCAGGCAUGGGCAGCCUUGCAAAAGCUGGAGAAGUAUGGGUACUUGGUGGCCAAGGCAACUCUGAUUCAUAUACACACAAUGUACCUUGCAAUCAAUUGUUCUUUUUGGCUUGA